AUUCUCCAAGAGGGGGAGGUGCUUUCAACAGCCAGCCUGUAGAGCCACGACUGAGGACUGUACUUUGAAAACAUUAACAUUUAUGAGUGACUGCUGCUGAUAAAUGAAACACGAAAAGAAGGAGAUAAACAGUGGAAGUAAGCUAGCGGUGUGGCUGGUUGUGGGACAUUUGUUACCCGUAACCCAGAGCUGCCCCACCCCCCCGGGAUAAGACAUUGGACUCGUCCCGGUAGGAAGACGGAGCCCGGUUCUCACCUGUGUCAGGUAGCCCAAAUGCUCUACAAUGGAUCAAGCUCAUCCCGGCCAGAACUCAGCUCCAGACCUGAUGGAAGCAGACAGUGAGGAGGUCCAGAUGAGAGCCGACUUCUUCAGGAAGCUUGGUUAUUCCUCAGCAGAGGUCAAAGCUGCUCUGAAGAAGCUGGGUUUAGGCACAGAUACCAAUUCGGUGCUGGGAGAGCUGGUUCGGAGUAGGGCCACCACAGGAUCAUGUGUUUUGAAUUCAGGUGACAGUGAAGAGAGAAGCUCAGGCUGGAAGGUCCCUCUGCUGCCACCCAGUUGGGCCAUGGGACCCUGCAGAACGAUGCCACAACUAGUGGAGAAGAAGGCUACAGAUGAAGAGUUGAGGCCAGUUGUCAUUGACGGAAGCAAUGUUGCCAUGAGUCAUGGCAACAAGGAAGUCUUCUCCUGCCGAGGCAUCCAGCUGGCAGUGAACUUUUUCCUGGACAGAGGUCAUAACACAGUUACUGUGUUUGUUCCCUCUUGGCGCAAAGAGCAAGCCAGACCUGAUGCUCCUAUAACAGAUCAGCACAUCUUAAUAGAGUUGGAAAAACAGAAGUUAGUUGUGUUUACCCCUUCGCGCCAUGUUGGAGGUAAGCGAGUGGUGUGCUAUGAUGACCGCUUCAUCGUCAAGUUGGCGUACGAGUCUGAUGGCGUAAUCGUAUCUAAUGACACCUACCGGGACCUCCAAGGAGAAAAACCCGAGUGGAAGAAAUGCAUCGAGGAGAGGCUGCUUAUGUACUCCUUUGUGAAUGACAAAUUCAUGCCUCCAGAUGACCCUCUGGGUCGCCACGGCCCCAGCCUUGACAACUUCCUCAGGAGAAACCCUCUGCCUGCAGAGCAGAAGAGGCAGCUCUGUCCAUAUGAGAAGAAAUGCACUUAUGGCAUCAAAUGUAAGUUCUACCAUCCAGAGCGGGCAAACCAGUCGUAUCUGUCUGUGGCUGAUGAACUGAGAGAGAAAGCCCAGAUUUCAUCUCAUAAAGAAGAAAGAAAAUUAUCACCCAGAGCACUUCAGUGUGAACCCGGGGCUGUUCAUAACGCCUCUUCCUAUCCUCUAGAACCAAACGCAGACCAGCAGAGUUCUUUACAUUUCAGCCAGAUUAGUGAAAAUAGACUGUUGUUCAGAGACAAUCCUCCUCGAAGCAGUCAGAAUCAUAUACAGCUUUCUGCACCUGGAGGCCAGAGUCAGGAAUGGGCCGGACUGCACCGUUUGCCCAGUCAUUACUAUGCCAACAGCUCUCACGAGUGCCUCGAUUCCGGCCUCGGGUCUUACGAGAGCCAGUACUCUGAGUGUUCGCAUUGCCUCAGCAACUCCCACAGGCCCAGGCCCCAACAGCAGAGCGCCCUCGCCGGAUCCCGACACACCUCAGUGCAUAUAGAGAAAAAUAAUCCGAUCCAACCAAGCAGGUGCUGCUCCUAUGCGGUUCCCUCCGCAGCUCACCCGCAGCCUCCGAGAAACCCACACAUGGACUGCAAGGGUCAACCUAAAUAUGACACUCAUCCUCCUAACAUGUUCCCACACAGUAUGCCACACCAGCACAGCCUCCCCAGCCAUCCACAGUACAACGGAGGCCCUCAUCACCAGCCAAAUUACUGGUCAGAUCCCUUUCAUGUUCUGCCACAGGUCAGGACAUCUCAUAGUCUGCCCAGCCACGUCAGCAACUCCUGCUGCUCUUAUAAUGGACAUCAGUAUCAGCCCUGGGGACAACCACCACCGUCUCCUGCGUCUGACUCAAAAAGACUGGAACUACGCAAGAGACUGCAAGCCAUCUUUAACCCACAUGAGGUUGAAACUGUCAUGGAAAUGUUUCCACAUCUGACAGAUGCUGAAAAACUGGCUGCAGAGAUCCUCAACCUAAAGGUUCAGAGGGGGAUAUUCUGACAGUGUCCACUGAUCCCUGCAGUCUCCUCUAAAUGAUCUUCUUGUUUUGACAUCAGUGAUAAGCUAACACUAUGUUAGAGCAGAGAAAGAGAAACUUCUAUAUUGUUAAUAUUUGAGUGAUCAGAAAGAUGUUUUCCUCUUGUUUUCUGUUUUUUUUCUGGUGUGAUUUAUCAGACAGUUUGAGGGUGCAUUUUGUAUUGUUGUAGAAUUAUUACAUCACGUUAUGGGUGCUUCUCUGAAACUGGUCUCUAAAAACAGGACAGAGGGGCUAAAAAUUCAAACUAGAUGUAGACUAAUGUUAUGAAGCAAAUUUGGAAGCACUUUGGGUCUAUUUUAAAAAUAAAUAUUUACUGAGAAAAAAGAAAAAAAAUUUCAGAUAAAACACAUUUUUAUGUUAUGUUUAUACAAAAAACUGAAUGUAACACGGUAAAACGGACACGAAAAUUACGUGCUACUAUUUUUUGAAAUGUCUUUUUAUUCUCUCACAGGUACAUUUUGGGAAUCGAACUAAUCAUGCAAGGCAGAGUGUUUCACAAAAAUGUUGCAAAAUCA